GUGAGCUCUGGGACAUCAGGAGUGGUCCUGCUUGCACUGGUUGUGGUCUCAUUCAUAUUACACAUCCUGAUAACGGCCAAUAUCUUUUUCUAUAGAUAUCUCCAGCUGUGCAGGUCAAAAUACUUUGUCUUCUAUUCGACCAAAAAAGGAUUUUUGUCAUUGUUGGCGAUUAACCUACUGAUUAUCUUCAACUGGGCGUGUUACAUUUAUUUUUGUUUAUUUCCUUACGACGAAAUUGGAGCCUAUGUCCGAGAACCUGUGAGGAACAUAAUUAGCAUGGAUCUAUACAAAACUGCGUUUCUCGGCUUUUGCGUGAAGGUAAGGUUCAUUGGUUAA